AGCAUCUCCACCGCCCCCGCCAAAGAGCACAGUGGAGGCGGAGGGGCAGCAGCCACCAUCCCUCCCCGCCUCCCCCAGAGCCUCCCUGGUCGCCAACUCGGUCUGCAUGGGGAUGACAGGUGCCGAUGGAUUUCCCUGCUGUAGCAAGGAUUCGGUGGACAUAGUGGAAACACAGAUUGACUUAAACCAACAUGAGCUCCAGCCUGCACACGAGGAGCUCCAGCCUGCACAAGAGGAGCCCCAGCCUGCACAAGAGGAGCCCCAGCCUGCACAAGAAGAGCCCCAGCCUGCACAAGAGGAGCUCCAGCCUGCACAAGAGGAGCCCCAGCCUGCACAAGAGGAGCCCCAGCCUGCACAAGAGGAACUCCAGCCUGCACAAGAGGAGCUCCAGCCUGCACAAGAGGAGCUCCAGCCUGCACAAGAGGAGCCCCAGCCUGCACAAGAGGAGCUCCAGCCUGCACAAGAGGAGCCUCAGCCUGCACAAGAGGAGCCCCAGCCUGCACAAGAGGAGCCCCAGCCUGCACAAGAGGAAGAUGAGGAAGAGGUGGAUCAAUUGCUACACUUGAACGUCCCACCUAAAGAGGACCUGGAACAAGACAAAAAACCGGUGCAGGAGGCCAAGGCCGUGCCGUUGGAGUAUUGCCCGCCAUUGGAGUUUUGCCCGGCGUCCAUGCUUAAGCCUGAGGCCAAGAAGGACUCCAGCUUGAAGGUCGGCAAUGAAGACCUGGAAUCCUUCCGGCCCCUCGAGGGGGCGCUAACGCAGCAGGACACCCAACAGUGGAAUGUGAGGUCGAGCUCCAUCACAAGCCCGAGUAUCACGGACGAGGAACAAGUGGACUCCACCCAUCGCUCCAUCUUUGUGCAGACUUCCAAGCACCUCUUCUGGGCAGACAAAGAUGUCCAGGCCUCAGAAUACAGCCUGGAUUUGGAGACCGGCAUGCAGCGUGGCGAGAGCACAGAGAAGAUCGCCAGCCCCCCGAACCAGAAGGCAGUCCCAGAGCCGAACCAGAAGGCAGUCCCAGAGCCGAACCAGAAGGCAGUCCCAGAGCCGGUCCCCGUAAAGCAGUUCCAGGACGAAAGCACCCAGGCAGAGCUUCCAGAACCAGGCACCCGGCAGCCGUCAGACACCGACGUGCCCUCCCCCUAUCUCACACCAGCUAUCAACCUACAAGAUCUGGUCAACUUCGCAUCCUCCCUGGCCAUCGCCUCCUCCAGCAACAGGGACCUGCCCAAUUUGGAGCAAAUGAUGAAAUCUCCACCCCAGAAGGCCGUGGAGCCUUCUACAGUGCCCACGGUGGAGAGCACCACCCCGCCUGCCAAGGAGGAGCCAGAGCAGGAAAAGCUCCCUGAGGUGCAGGAGAGGGCAUCCGAGAAGUCGCUGGAAGCCGGAGAGCCACUGGAACCUGCCAAGCAGGAAGACAAGACCCUGCACCCUUACUUUGACUUUAGCAAGCCGGAGCCCCAAAGGACCGCCUUUAAAGGGAAAGUCAAGUUUAUCCGGGCCCCGGCCAGGUCCUCUUCACUGAAUGGAGACAGGAAAGACUCAGUGCCGGGAACCAAGAAAGAGACUCCAUUAAUGCUGAAAAUCCAUUUUAAGCUGUUGCCCACUUCUUCCCCCAGAGAAAUGACUAAACGAAACCAAUAA